AUGACCCGGCUGGCCGCGCGACUGCACCCUCACUGCCGUGAGUCGGUCACGACCGGCAAGUCGGCGAUGCGGAAACUGACCGACAGACGUGACGACGCCAGGCCAUCAGUGCGGCCUCGGUGGUCGGCUGCAGGGCCGCUCCCCGCGGCCCGCCGCGUCAGCACCAGAGCCCCGCCGGCCACCAUCGGUGCAUGCCGCGUCACCGAGCAGAGCGGCGGUCUCGUCGACCGUCCCAUCCUCUCAUCAUCCUCUCAUUUCAUCGAGGGGGCGACCAAGACUCGACAGCUGUGA